AUGGAAACAAUUACUUACUCUCGUGUCGGCUCUCUCGACAUAAAACUCGAUCUCUAUAUACCACCAGAACCGAAGCAAGGACUCGUACCAGCUCUUGUGCACUUCCAUGGUGGCGGCAUGAUCGCAGGGAGCCGCAAGACCCUCUUCUUCCAGCACUGGCUCAAAGAUGCAAUGCUAGAGCACGGCAUCCUCUUCAUCAGCGCAGACCAUCGCCUCCUGUACCCCUCUACCGCUUUCGACAUCAUCGCCGAUGUUAAGAGCCUCUUUGCCUUCCUCGCUUCUCCCAGCUUCUCCGAGACGCAUCUCCCAUCAGGAGUCAUCCUCGACGCCAGCCGCAUAGCCGUCUCGGGCGAGUCGGGCGGAGGCUAUGCGACCCGCGCUGCUGGAAUUGUUGCCGAACCAAACCCGAAAGCAUUACUCCUGCAGUAUGCCCAGGGCGGCCAACUCUUGGAUGACCACUGGCUCGCUGUCAAAGACCGCGAUGUACCAGACCCCGAAGGUGGAAUCGUCACCAAGGAGUCUGUUGCACAUCUUCUCAACGACACACAGGAGCCUAUCUCCGAUGACCCGAUGCCAUUCCUCGGUGAUGACGCACCGAACGGUGACAGUGGGAGGACAAAGCUCUUGCUCUGGUGGUGGCGCACCGGUGGAUUCGUCGACGUCGUACUGGGCGUCAACGGGAUGUCCAAAUUCCUGAGAGGUCUAACCUUGACUCAGCGUGAAGGUUUCCUCCCCGAAGCCCUGCGCAAGGUGAUCUUGCAGACACAGCUCACGGAGAAGUUCCCGCCGACUUUCUUGCUCCACGGCAAAGACGACAAGCUCGUGCUACCGGCCGAGUCACAGCUCACGUACGAUCGAUUGACGGAGUUGGGCGUGGAGGUUGAGCUGCACAUGCUCGAGGGCGCUGGUCAUACGUUGAUCGAUGAGAAGAGUCCACCGGACCUUGCGGCUGGGGCUAAAGACGCACAGCAAAAGGCGGUGGAGUUCCUGGUGCACAAGUUGAAGGGAUAG